GUCGCUUUGGAGCAAAAGCAUCUGCUAAGUAAGUAAAUGUAAAUGUAAAAUAUGAGAUGUGGGCUCAGCACAGGCCCACGUGGGGGGUCUCGCGUUCACAAGAUCACCGUGAGCGAGAGGCUUAGUUUUUGCUCCGCUCACUACCGAGGAGAAGCUCAUCCUUCUGUGGGUGUACGAGAACUCAGAUGGAGGCCCACAUCCAGCAGCGUAGGAGUUUCGACACGUUUCUUUCCCCCCCAAGAAGGUGGAUAUUUAUCAUCUGAAACCUUCCAUGGCGGAGAUCCGCGGAAUCCAGACUGUGUUCCGAGCGCGUUCGAACACACGACGCCAACGUGUUGCGACAGCAGAGAAAUGAAUCGUGGUAAGUGGAGUGUGUCGGUUACUGGAGGAGCGCUGGAGGGCACGGCCAGGGCAAGUCCAAACGCAUGGAGAACAAAGGGCGGAGGAGUCUUCCUCAAUGUCGGUCUCUCUCUCUCUCUCUCACACACUGGCUGGUUUCACACCAACAUUCUAUUUUUUCCACACACAGUGUUGGUGAACUGUAGUCACAUUCCACACUACCGAUUUCUUUCUCUCUCUCUCUCACACACACACACUCUCUCAGUCAGUCGGUGACCUAUGCCUCAUGAUGUGGAACAGAACUUUACUCGAGCUCGCACUUCGGCUACCCAUCGCACUGACUGUGCAGCGUUCCAUCAGAGAACGUGUUUUCUUUCACGUAACACCGAAUCCGCUCCGUUUGUGCGAACGAGCCGUACGCGCUCGCACGCUGUUCUACCCUCUUCAUCACGUCGCAGGCGUCCUCCUCGCGCGCAUGCGCACACGAGUCUCGCCGUCCCGCCUCUUGUUUGGAUAUGUUAAUGAGCUCGCAUGGAACGACGAAUCAGCGCCGGGGCACUGUGCCCACGUGCUCGCCGAAUGCCGCUUCGGGGUGGUGCCAAACCUUCAAGUGGGGGGUUAAAGCGAGUGAGAAAGACGCCGAGCGUUCAGUACAGAGCGAGGCUGGGGACGAGUGCGUGGAGGGGAGCGCGGCGGCGCCUUUCGGCAAACUUACGUAAAAAGAGAAAGAGAAAAAAAAAAAAAAAAGAAAAAACCGGUGACCUCACAACAAACAAAGCAACUUAAAGUCCCCUCGUGAGCCGGCACAUCCGCUCCCGCGCGCUCUAAGGUCCAUUAGAAGUGCCCCGAAGGAGGAGAGGGGGCCGUCCGCCGUCCUCGCUGAGUUGCGCCCGGAUGGGCGAGCGCGGGACGCGCGGCUGAAUGGGCUGCGCGCGGCCGCCGGCGGACAAAGGCUCGUUUCUCGGCGCUGCGCGGGCCCGCGAUCGCGCUCGCUCCCGCUCCCGGCGCCACCAUGCCCGUGCUGCUCUUCCUGGUGGACACGUCCGCCUCCAUGAACCAGCGCACCCACCUGGGCACCACGUACCUGGACAUAGCGAAGGGCGCCGUAGAGACCUUCAUGAAGCUCAGGUCCAGGGACCCUGCCAGCCGGGGCGACCGCUACAUGCUGGUGUCCUUUGAGGAGACGCCGUUGGGCAUCAAGGCGGGCUGGAAGGAGAACCACGCCACGUUCAUGAUGGAGCUCAAGAACCUGCAGGCGGUGGGACUCAGUACCGUGGGACAGGCGCUCAGGACCUCGUUCGAUUUGCUCAACCUCAAUAGAUUAGUGUCUGGGAUAGACAACUAUGGGCAGGGACGGAACCCAUUCUUCCUGGAGCCCUCAGUCAUCAUCGCCAUCACAGAUGGGGGAAAGCUGACUAGCAGCAGCGGGGUGCAGGACGAGCUCCACCUGCCCCUAACUACACCCCUGCCUGGCAGCGAAUUGACCAAGGAGCCCUUCCGCUGGGACCAGCGCCUCUUUGCCCUGGUGCUUCGCAUCUCAGGCCAUGCCUCCGUAGAGGCGGAGCCACUUGGGGGUGUGCCUUCCGAUGACUCUGCCAUCACGCCAAUGUGUGAGGUCACCGGAGGUCGCUCCUAUAGCGUGUUCUCGCAGCGCAUGCUGAACCAGUGUCUCGAGUCUCUGGUGCAGAAGGUCCAGAGUGGGGUGGUCAUCAACUUCGAGAAGACGGGGCCCGACCCUGCGCCGCUCGAGGACGGUCCUGCCGAACCCCCAAAGCCCGGACCGCAGCCCUGGCACUGCAGCCACAGGCUGAUCUACGUGCGACCCAAUCCCAAGACCGGCGUUCCCGUGGGGCACUGGCCCAUCCCCGAGGCUUUCUGGCCGGACCAGAACUCGCCCACCCUGCCCCCUCGUUCAGCCCACCCCCACGUCCGCUUCUCCUGUGUCGACACGGAGCCCAUGGUGGUGGACAAAGUGCCGUUCGACAAGUACGAGCUGGAGCCCUCGCCGCUCACCCAGUACAUCCUGGAGAGGAAGUCUCCUCACACCUGCUGGCAGGUGUUUGUGUGCAACAGUGCCAAGUACAGCGACCUGGGCCAGCCCUUUGGGUACCUGAAGGCCAGCACGGCGCUCACCUGCGUCAACCUGUUCGUCAUGCCGUACGACUAUCCUGUGUUGCUCCCUCUGUUGGAUGACCUCUGCAAAGUGCACAAGUUUAAACCGACUAUGAAGUGGAGACAGUCAUUCGAAAACUACCUGAAGACCCUGCCGCCCUACUAUAUCGGGCCCCUGCGCAAGGCACUGAGGAUGAUGGGAGCACCAAACCUGCUCGCUGACAACAUGGAGUAUGGCCUGAGCUACAGCGUUGUCUCCUACCUGAAGAAACUCAGCCAGCAGACCAAGCUGGAGGCGGAGCGUGUCCUUGCCUCCGUGGGGAAGAGGCCGCCUCCUGAGGCCGGGGUCAAGGUGCGGUGUCCACCCGGAGGACUCGCGCUGGCUCGUCAUCGCGGCGAUUUCGCAACGUUGUUAAGGGGCUUCCUGGGAGAGGACCGCACCUGCCCGCCAGAGCUCAGCCCCAAAGACUUUGCCGGGUUCCACCUCGCCGCACUCAGCAAGAGUGUGAAGCCCCAGAGUUUCCGCAACCCGUACGACGUUUCCCGGCGACACCUGCUGGACCAGCUGAGCCGCAUGAGGAGGAACCUGCUGACGGCCACUGGGCGCUUCCUUCAGACCCGGGACCAAGACCAGCUGCACGCUGUGGCCAUCGCCGAGAUGGGCAACUACCAGGACUUCCUGAAGAACGUGGUGCCGCCCCUGCGGGAGGCUGACGCGGACCAGCCCAAGCGCCUCCACACCUUCGGCAACCCCUUCAAGCUGGACAAGAAGGGUAUGAUGAUCGACGAGGCGGACGAGUUUGUCGCCAGCCCCCAGAACAAGACCAAGCGGCCAGGUGAUCCCAGCAUGCUCAGCGGUGCCCCCAAGAGGCGCAGGUGCAUGUCUCCGCUGCUGCGCCUGGGCUCUGGUUACACCCCACCCGUCCUUAUGAGUCCUGCUGGGGACAGGGCUUCCCCGGCACCCCCUAGUCCUUUGCCAUCGCCUCCGCCGUCUCCAGCCCCUGCGCCCCCGGCACCCAGCGCCAAGGCACUGCCUUCCUCUAGAGCCCCUGAGGCGAGCCACGGGUUCGAGGACGCCGUGUUGGGGAACCACAUGGGAGACCGUUACAACCCCGAGAGGGCGCCUGUAUCGGAGCACGAUGUGGUGAACCACGUGGCCGUGGCAGAGCACAGACGCAACGGUGGGGUGCCGUCAGAGGACGGCGAGGACGGGGAACCUGCCCCCGGCGACUCCCUGCCCCGACCAUCCCCCGACAGGCUGAAGAAGCAGCGUAGCGGCAGGGAUGCGGAACGUGACGGCGGGGUUGUGGAGCGCAACGCCGAGCUGCGGCUGCUCAUCAACAGGGAGAUACGGAAACCGGGCAGACGGUACGACAAAAUCUUUUACUUCCUCAAGCAAGUCCAGGGGAGUCUGAAUUCACGGCUGCUCUUCCUGCAGAAUAUCAUCAAGGAGGCUGCGAGGUUUAAGAAGCGAGUCCUCAUUCAACAGCUGGAGGGCUUCCUGGAGGAGAUUCACACGCGUGCCAACCAGAGGAACCACCUGGACGGGUACUGAGUGUAGCGCUUGGACACAUACCAACUUCCUGUGGCCCUCUGACCCGCCCUUGAACUCCAUCUUGCCAGAGUGCUGGAGAUACGGAUAAGCCCAACACCAAGACACCGGCAAGACUUGAACCAGGGCACUAAACUGUAGUGUGUGUGUGUGUGUGUGUGUGUGUGUGUGUGUGUGUGUGUGUGUGUGUGCGUGUGUGCGUGCGUGUGUGCGCGCGCGUGUUUAUAUAUGUGCAAGAUCCCCCCCCCAUGUUGUCUGUGUUGAUUUACUUAAAGCUCUAGAUGGUGUGGGGGAGGACGUUCCGGGCCCAUUUUAGAUGUCUGAGACGUGGUCUCUGUGGUCAGAGGUGUUCGACGCCAAACACAUUUUGGAGGACAAACCCUUUGAUUAUGGGUUUAAAUGAUGUAAAGGUUGUGUUGGUACCUGUAUACACCAAUAGGAUUCAGUUGUGCUGUAUCAUCUACCAAUGAAAUUGCGCUCCUUUGCUCUCUCCACCAAUAAGAUGGUUUCAGUGGCAAUCUGUACCAGGUUACUGAUGGGACUGCCAGGGUUUCAGUCUCAUGAUGAACUAAUGUCUAACGCCUCGCGUUGGGUCUUAUUGCCCUUCCUGAGGAGCACGUUAAUCUGUCGUCAUAGUAGAAAAAGCCCACUUCCUGUUAAUGACCGAUGAAGCCUUUUCUAAAAGAUCCUCAGCUUAAUGAAUUUUGUUAAUUUUAAUUGAGUUUUAGGUUGGCAUUUUAAUUUACAGCAAGCAAAUCAUUUACUGCGUGCAAAUCUAUCUCAGGAAGCUGUGAUGUUUCCAGGUGUUCCUUUUCCAAGUGUUUGGCCAGUGAUGGGGGCUGGUAACCUUGUGCAGGUGGUUAACCAGACUUUUAAAGUCCUCCCCCCUGCCCCUUCCAUGACACACGUCCCACCUUCCCUCCCUAAUGCAGGGACCAAAUCUUUUGCCAUACGUGUCAAUCUUUAUAAACAAGAAUAUUUUCAGUAUACUGUAUGUGUGUAAAUAAACUGAGAGCUAUUUAAACAGUAAAAGUGCUAAAUGCAAGAGUUACAAA